AUGGCGCCAAACCCAGAAUUCCCCCUCACUCCCACCGAUAGCCCCGACGAUGAGCUUGAUAUCCCCCCGAUACCCCCGAUACCUUCUCCAACACCCUCGUCGUCAGCGGCUCAGCCGCGUGUGCCCUCGCUGCGCUCCAUCUCCGACCCACCCCUCAAGCCAUCAUCGUCGACACCACUCGGCCUCGUCGCCGACGCUCGGCGAGCUGGAGGACGCGGCGCCCCACUGCCGAACCAACCUUUCGCUUCGUCAAUCACCUCGUCGGGCCAUUCGGACCUUCAGGCUCGGUUGCAGGCAUUCCACAAGUCGCGGAUGGGCUCGUCUCCAGUCAUCGCAGGGAUGCCCAAUGGAGGCGGAUCGCCGAUUGCUGGUGGACGGAUGACUAUGGGUGGUCGCCCGGCCGGUCCCUCGAACUGGAAUUCGGCCCCUACGCUUCCUGGCCGACAGGGACAGUCAAUUGCACAACGACGGAUGAACGCUCCCACCGCUCUCCCGGGUAGUGGGGCCCCUCCACCGACUCCGAUGGGCGAGGUGGACAACCCGGUCGGAAACGGUGCUCCAGCUACUGGACUGCGCUCGCGGAGACCUCACCCCGGAAAGCUACCACCACCUGGCCCGUUGGGCGGGCUCCCAGGCGGCGCUGCCGCCAGCACUGGAUCCAAGUUCGAGCAGUAUGCCCAGUUCGUCGACAAGGAAACUGGAAGUCUCAAGUUUCCCGGGAAAGCGGUUCUCCACGGUCAGGGUGUCGACUUCACAUCGGGCAACAGUUUCAGGAUAUCGUUGGACGAAAUUCAGACGCUGGAGGAGCUGGGAAAGGGAAACUACGGCACCGUGUACAAGGUCAUCCACCGACCGAAGCGAAAGGGGUUUGCUCGGCGGGGGAGCGUGUCCAGGGAGGCGAUGUUCUCACCCGGCUCGCCUCAGACGCCCUCUUCCGGCAACCCGACGCCGGAGGAGCAAGAGCGCGCACCGCUCUCGCGCGGCAACAGCAGCGGUACACCCAGCGAGACCACCAUGGCCAUGAAAGAGAUCCGACUGGAGCUCGACGAGGCCAAGUUCGCUCAGAUCAUCAUGGAGCUUGACGUUUUGCAUCGGUGCAGGUCGCCAUACAUCAUCGACUUCUAUGGAGCCUUCUUUCAGGAGGGAGCCGUGUACAUCUGCAUGGAACACAUGGAUGGUGGAUCGAUCGAUAAGCUGUAUCGCGGAGGUGUUCCGGAGGGUGUUCUCAGGAAGAUCGCGUACGCGACCAUUAUGGGGCUGAAGACUCUGAAGGAGGACCACGACAUUAUCCACCGAGACGUGAAGCCGACCAACAUACUGAUGAACUCCCGGGGAGAUAUCAAGCUGUGCGAUUUCGGUGUUUCAGGGAACUUGGUUGCGAGUAUCGCGAAGACGAAUAUCGGCUGUCAGAGUUACAUGGCACCUGAGCGGAUCGCCAGUGGUGGUACGCAGGCUCAGCUCGGCGGCGCUGGACCGGCCGGCACCUACGGUGUUCAGAGUGACAUCUGGAGUCUGGGGCUGAGCUUACUGGAGUGCGCCAUGGGUUGCUAUCCAUAUCCACCAGAAACUUACAACAACAUCUUCAGUCAGUUGAGCGCUAUCGUUGACGGCGAACCACCGGAUCUCCCAGAGGAGGGAUUCUCACUUGCGGCUCGAGAUUUCGUGAGGGGUUGUCUGCACAAGAUUCCGAAGCUGCGACCCAGCUAUGCGAUGCUGCUCCAGCACGCGUGGAUCGCGGACCUCACGAAGCCCGAUACCAUCUCCGAGGAAUCCGAGGACUUGGAAGUAGCGGCUGAAAAUGGCGCCGAUUUCGAUGCUCCGAAGGUGUUUGUCCCCGGAGAUGCCGAGGUGCGGGAGUGGGUUGUUGGCGCGAUGGAGCGGAGAAAGGCGAGCCUGGAGCAGGGCGAUGCGGGUCCCGAAAAGCCGGCUCUCCAUGCCGCGCCGUUGGAUGCCGUUGCCAGUCCCGUUGCUGCAGCUACAACCGAAGCGGAGAAGGUGGAUCCUACGGUCGAGGAAGUUGCCAAUGCGAUAGAGAGUCUGAAGGCCGAUGAUGCAUGA